GACAUGAGAAGAAGAAGAGUUGAGAGUAAGAAGUAAAGCUAGAAAGAAAGCGAACGACCGGUAUCCACGAAUUUCAGAUAACAACAGGAGACACCGCUGGGUUGUCAGGUCUACUGUUAGAGGUGGUUGACAUGGACGCCAACAGUGAGACCACGAAAUUGAGCUCUGACCCCUCUGAGGCCCAGUCACUGGAGCAUCAAAGAGGCACAGGCAGCAUCCGGCUGGUGCUGGUUGCAGCUGGAGUGGCCUCUCUGAGCGGCCUGAUGCUGGGCUAUGAAAUAGGCAUAACCUCUGGAGUCCUGCUGCAGCUGCGGGGCCUCCUCUCCCUCUCCUGCCGAGAACAAGAACUGCUGGUCAGCUCCUACCUGCUCGGCGCUCUCCUCAUCUGCCUGGCUGGAGGUCAUAUAUUGGAUCGCUACGGCCGGCGCUGCUCUUUGCUCCUGAGCGCGGCCCUGGUGGUCGGGGGGAGCAUCUUGCUCAUCGCAGCCACCUCGCUUAUUGCUCUCACGCUGGGCCGGGUGAUCGUCGGCAUGGGAACAUCGCUGUCAGGGACAGGAGCGUGUCUGUACAUUGCGGAGAUCUCGCCGAUGGAGCGGAGGGGUCUGCUGGUGACGCUGUACGAGUUUAUGUUGGUUGUGGGUGUAAUGCUGGGAUUCGGCUGUAGCUACGCCUUUGCCACUCUGCCCUAUGGCUGGACGUAUACAUUUGGACUAGUAAUCGCCCCAGCGCUGCUGCAGAUCGGUGUCCUCGUGUUCCUCCCACCGAGUCCACGCUUCCUGGUUAGCCAGGGUAAAGUGGAGCAGGCCAGGAUAGUGCUGGCCAGGCUGAGAGGUGGGGUUCAGGAGCAUGUGGAAAAGGAGCUCGCAGCCAUCAGUACAGGACUGAAAGAGGAAUCAGAGCAUAGUUUCUUGGAGGUGUUCAGUACCAAGGCCAACUUGCGUUCUCGCCUACUAACAGGUGUGACCCUAGUCUUCCUUCAGCAGGCCACUGGUCAGCCCAACAUCCUCUCCUACGCUUCACCACUUCUCCGCAGUGUGGGCUUCAACAGUGACGCCGCAGCCACCUUGGCCUCCACAGGGUUCGGAGUGGUCAAAGUAGUUGGCACCAUCCCAGCCGUGUUGCUGGUCGACAGCGUGGGACCCAAGAGCUUUUUGUGUGGGGGUGCUGUCGCAAUGGGAAUAUCGCUACUUGCACUUGGUGCAUUGACACUUCAAAGCCACACUAACCUCACCAGCCUGUGUAAAAGUCACACGAUAAUAAAUCACACGCAUGCACCGUGGGAUUUAAACGAAACCUCGAUAGGCCUGGAAAACAGUGACAUUUAUUCAACUGACCUCCCCUACCAGUGGAACAGUGAGGAGUCACAGCGGACUAACAGAGAAGAUGAUGGGAUCCUGGAGUCAAUAGGAGGAAGGACUUAUGGAGGAGGGUCUUCCUUACUGAAGUGGGCGUCAUUGAUCAGCUUGCUGGUGUAUGUGGCAGCCUUCUCCAUUAGCCUCGGGCCAAUGGUGUAUGUGGUGCUCAGUGAGAUCUUCCCAAUGGGAAUCAGAGGCAGGGCUGUUUCUGUGGUGUCGGCUGUAAACUGGGCCACUAACCUGCUCAUCUCUAUGACCUUCCUCACAAUUACAGAAAAGAUUGGCGUGGCCAAUAUGAUGUUCCUCUACGCCGCCAUGAGCUUUGUUCUACUGGUGUUCGUCAUCUUCUGUGUCCCGGAGACCAAAGGUCGCACGCUGGAGGAGAUAUCGAAAGAGCUAGCGAAGAAAUAAAUGGCAGCUUUUACGUGAUCUUAAUGUUGUCAGUGCGUCCAGUAAACUGAUUUGCGGAGUGGAUUGCUUCGGGAGAGCCAGAUCAGCAGCAGCACGUCCACGGAGAGAGACUUUUUUUUUAACGGACCACAACGGAACACCUCACCUGAAGGACAGUGGAGAGCGAAGGGCCAAUAAGGACAAUAUGUUAGCACUGUUAAGACGUUGGAGUACAACUCAUACAUCCAACCCACACCUGUGCAUCCCCGGAUUCCCAGCUGAUUCCUAUAUUGACAUCUUUGUCAUAUAGUUCCUUCUUGCUACAUGCUAGAAAGGGAUCGUGGAAAUUGCAUAUAAAGGAAAUAAUUCAAUCACGGAGAAGUAUUAUGUGAAUUUGCUCAAACGAAGAUAUCUCAGGGUUCACGAUUGCUAGUUAAAAAGGCAGUAGAAAAGAUAACAAUAGGGAUUGAACAUAUUUAUAUAAUGAAAUAUAUUUAAUUUUAUAAAAUAUAUAUUAUAUAAUAAUAUUAAUUGAGUCAUUAUGUCCAUAUUUAAAAACACAGCUCCAAUAAUGCUGUAUAAUCUUUACUCAAGGCCAGGAUAGAAUUGACUAUAGACUUUCCUACUACAUCCUUUUAGUUUUCUUUUCCAUGUUGACAUGACAUUGUGAUGUCAGACAUUAUUUACAUUUACAAACUGGAAUGAUUAGACGCUAAUCACUUCAAAUGUCUGUGUAUGUAACAUUCUUUGGGUUUCAAAUGAUUUCCUUUACCAUUACCAUUAUUUAUAUGCUGCUCCCUCUUGUAUGUAAUGGAGUAACAUGAACAGGGCUCAAACCAGUCAUGCUGCAGAACACACUUGUCUCCAUACAGUAUGGCUACCGCCAUCUACAUGACGACAGAUACAUGGUGAAAGGCCACAGGUGUCUCCUUCUUUACAUCUUAUGGGAUCAAACAAUAACAACAUGAAUAAUGAAUCAACACUACAAGCAAGCAGUCAAGCAAAGAAAUACUGAAUUCAUCAGAUCUAGUAGAAAUAUUGGACUGUAAAACCAGUGUUGGAGCGUAAAAAGAAGUAUAGAAAGAGAGGGAUGUUUGUUUCUGUUACUUUGUGUCUGUGAUGCUGAAAUCAAAUUUAUGGGAUUAACAAGAGGGAUGUUUACUGCAAGAAAGAAUGACCAUUCUGCGUGACCAUUUUAAUAUAUGUACUUUGAUAUCAUCAUCUUUUACAUACAUCUUCACGUCGGAAGAA